UUGUCGCCUAUUUUGUCAUCUGCAAUUCGUUUCGAAUUUAUUAUUGAAAAAAUAGUGAAUGGAACAUGUAUUGUGGCUCUUCGAACGGGAUCAAAAAAUGAUGUUUCAUGUGAAAGAAAAAUUCGAGCUCUUUUUGAACAACUCGAUGAUCAAUUAUUGAAUAUGGGUGGAAUUACAUCACUUCGGCAAUUUAUAUCAACUUUGGAAAAUAUAUCAGAGGCUCAAAAAUCAGCUGGAAGGUUUGUUUUUUUUUUCGAACAUUUUUGGAAAUUCCCAUGGAUUGGGAAUUUUCUCGCCCACUCUUCAAUUAUUUUUGUUUCAGGUCUUUCCAUCGCGAAAUUCAACAAUUUGUUGCCAAACUUGGACGUUAA